AUGGACCUCGCCGAAGAAAGCAGCGCAUACAUUAAGAGGCCAUGUGAUCACGGCCUCGAAAUCUUGGAGGAAAAAGCAGAUCUCGUUCUGCACGAGAAUCAGCGUAUAGGGUGCACGUCCAGGGACUUCAAGAUGCAGCUGCUACCAGAAUCUGAAAUCCACGAAGUUGCAUGUGCAGCACUCCAAGAACUAAUGGCGCUUGUCAUGCUACCAGACCUCAUGGUGGAUCCGUCGAUUACUUUGUCACACGCCGCUCGAUCGCUUCUCUGUAGGAUCGCUUCCGAAUUUACAAACGAGCAGCGUCUUCUCCUCUGCUGCACAAAAUGGAACUUCAAAUCCGAGUCAUGGGACUUUUACUACUUUGCUUUUGGUGAGCAAGAUGCACUGCGUCAAUGUAUGAAGAUGGCGGUACGGACAUAUAUCCUCCCCCGUGUACAUGCUAUGACGGUAGAAGAUGGAUUGUCCUGUUUCGCCCAACUCAAGGAGGUGGUUGGAGAGAAAUUGAGGAAGCAGGCGUAUCCGUUGGACAUUCACCGAACAAUUUGUCAUCCCCCAAUUUCAGUAAAGUCAGACCAGGCGUACGUCGAACUGCUCGUUGACCAGACUUACCACUUCUGUUCAGCAUGCAUGAGCGACGUGAGAUAUGAUCUGAAACGUCCGCUGUUAAAACUUUGGUUCAUGCGUGAAGGCUGGGAAGCGUAA